AUGCGUCUCGCACUCUCCAUCAAAGACAGCUCAAGGCAGCAGAAAUCUCAGGGCAAGGUGCACCCACGUCCUGAACAAUCUCAAAGCAUCAAGCCGGAAUCGUAUCAGGAGCCAAGCAAGGCAAAGCCUGCUGAAGCACCUAAGACAGACGCUCUGCUGGCAGAGCAGACUGUUUCCAACAAAGAGCAAAGGCGCGCAGAUUGGAUCAUAAUUAAGGAAAUGGCCAAGUAUAUAUGGCCAAAGGGUGACCUUGGAGCGAGAGCUAGAGUAGGAACUGCUCUGGCUCUACUUGUUGGAUCAAAGGUUUUGAACGUACAAGUCCCUUUCUACUUUAAGAGUAUUGUUGAUUCAAUGAACGUGGACUUCGUUGCCCUGGGUGGCACAGCUUGGACGGUCGCAGGUGCCAUGAUAACAGCUUAUGGUGCCACUAGAAUUGGCACGGCCGUUUUUCAGGAAAUGAGGAACGCUAUAUUUGCAAGCGUUGCUCAGAAAGCCAUUCGCCGAGUUGCCUGCAAUGUCUUCGAGCAUUUACUCCGACUCGACCUCAAUUUUCAUUUAUCGCGACAGACAGGAGGCCUCACGAGAGCCAUUGACAGGGGAACAAAAGGGAUAAGUUUCCUACUAACGUCAAUGGUCUUUCACAUUAUCCCUACCGCGCUAGAAAUCUCAAUGGUCUGUGGGAUUUUGGCAUACCAAUAUGGGCCAAAAUUUGCAGCCAUCACUGCUGCAACGAUGGUGGCUUACACCGGAUUCACCGUUGUAACCACAUCCUGGAGAACGAAAUUUCGAAAGCAGGCAAAUGCUGCAGAUAAUCAGGGCGCAACGGUGGCCGUCGACUCACUGAUCAACUUUGAAGCCGUCAAAUAUUUCAACAACGAGAAGUACGAGGUGGGGAGAUACGACAAAGCUUUAAACAACUACGAGAAAGCUUCCAUCAAAGUCACCACCUCGCUCUCUUUUCUGAACGCAGGGCAGAAUCUCAUCUUCUCCAGCGCCCUGUCCGGCAUGAUGUAUCUUGCUGCUGACGGUAUUGCGACGGGAAGCCUCACGGUUGGAGACCUUGUAAUGGUUAACCAGCUGGUCUUCCAGCUCUCCGUCCCUCUCAAUUUUCUUGGCUCUGUUUACCGAGAGCUGAGACAAUCGUUGCUGGAUAUGGAGACCCUUUUCAACCUGCAAAAAGUCAACAUCGCCGUCAAAGAGUCUGAAAAGGCGAAAGCACUCGAAUUGGCCAAGGGAGGAGAGAUCAGAUUCGAAAACGUGACUUUCGGGUACCACAAGGACCGGCCAAUAUUGCGGGACCUCAGUUUCACCAUUCCGGCUGGUCAAAAAGUCGCCAUUGUAGGUCCAAGCGGUUGUGGGAAAUCUACAAUCCUUCGGCUGCUUUUCCGCUUCUACGAUGUAGAAACAGGACGAAUCUUGAUCGAUGACCAAGAUAUCCGCGAGGUCAGCUUGCAAAGCCUGCGCAAAGCUAUAGGGGUCGUGCCUCAAGACACGCCCCUGUUCAACAACACUAUCGAGCAUAACAUCCGCUAUGGAGACAUGAAUGCAACUUCGGAAGAAGUACGCAACGCCGCUAAGCGGGCCAGGGUCCACGAUAUUGUUGAAGGCCUUCCGGAUGGGUACAAUACCAUGGUCGGUGAACGUGGGAUGAUGAUCAGUGGCGGAGAGAAACAAAGAUUGGCAGUGUCGAGACUAAUAUUGAAAGAUCCGCCGCUGCUUUUCUUCGAUGAAGCGACGUCAGCCUUGGAUACUUACACCGAGCAAUCGCUGCUACAGAACAUCAACAGCAUACUCAAAGAGAAAGCGAGGACCAGCGUCUUCGUGGCACAUAGACUACGGACCAUCUUCGACAGUGACAAGAUCAUUGUCUUACAGAAUGGACAUGUGGCGGAGAGUGGCACGCAUACCCAACUAAUUGGUGAAGGCGGUGUGUACUCGACGUUGUGGCAUGCGCAAGAGACAUCGCUUGGAGAUAACGGCGAUGCUGAAACGGACUCUCACGAGAACCCUGACGAAGUUGAAAACCAAUGA